AACUCGCGGUCUCCCGCCUUCUUCAGCCUUCAACCCUUAGCCUUGGCUCCGCCAUUUAUUCAGUCAUCCUUUUUUCUAUUUCCUUCUCUCUCUCUCUCUUACCCUUCAUGUGAUCCUGCAUCUAUCACUUCUUUUCCAAAUCAAUUAUCUAAAUCGAUCAGAUGCAGGGUCACCAACCUCAUCCCACCACCACCAAUGGUUCAUCCACACCCAUAGUUUACUCUAUUACCGAUCUCUCACAAUCCAAGCAAGGUAAGAAACGUGGUAGCUAUAACUGUGGCCGAUGCGGAGUACCCAAAAAAGGUCAUGUCUGUAACACUCAUUCCAUCCUAUCCACUCCUACUGAAUCUAGCUCAUCCAUUGUUGUCGCUCCAUCCCCUUCUCCUCUUUCUCUCGAUUGGAAACCUAGAUUGGGUUCCACCCAACUUCGGCGGGCACUGUCGUUCGAUGAUAUCGAUGAAAGGGUCUCCCCUGAUUUCAAUGAGGAAGUUGAGUUUGAUGACGUGAAGAUGGAUAUGGUUGUGGGUUCUGGUGGGUUGCCGAUGGUUUGUUUAUCGGAGGUGUUAAGGAGAUUGCCGCCUACAUCUCUGUUGUCGGCGGCGAACGUGUCUAAGUUCUGGAGAGAUACGUCGAAGAGAGUUUGGAGGACGGUGGAGGAGCUGAAACUUAAGAUUCCAGCGAGAUCUCAGAUUGGAUUUGUUGGAUCGGUAUUGAAGAAGUGUCCUGGACUGGUCAGACUAUCUCUUACAUUAGAAAGUGAUGUGGAUGCAACGAUGUUAGCUUGCAUAGCAUUUUCAUGCCCUAAUCUGGAGUCAAUGGAGAUUUAUACAACUGGUCAAUCUGUCAAUCGCAUAACUGGUGAUGAAUUGGGUCGAUUUGUUGCUGACAAAAGAUGCCUUACUACCCUUAAGAUGGAAGGAUGCUCGAACUUAGGUAGUCUUGUACUCCUUUCAUCAAGUCUUUCCACCAUAUGGCUUUCAGAUCUUCAUUCUCUUUCCAAGAUGGUUUUCAAUUGUCCAAAUUUGAAGGAAAUCUCAUUAGAUUUUUCACAUCAAGGAAAUGAUAACACUGAUCUCACUAGUAUGGUUCAUGGUCUGGGAAGGCACUGCACAAGGUUACAAAAAUUACAUAUUGCAUCAGUUUGGCUUUCUAAUGCUGUUGUUCUUGCUCUUGCUGCAUCGAACUUGAGGGAGUUACAAAUGCUUGCUUUAAUACAUGGAUCAGAAAUCACUGAUGCAUCAGUUGCAGCAAUUGCUACUAACUACUCAAACCUUGAAUUGCUUGAUCUAAGUGGGUCUAGCAUAACCGACAAUGGUAUUGGAAUAAUUUGCAAUGUCUUACCUGAUAAAUUGAGAAGAUUUCUUCUUGCACAAUGUCCUAACAUUACAUCAAAUGGAAUUCAAUUUGCUACAACUCAACUUCCACUUUUGGAAGUUAUGGAUUGUGGGAUGGCCAUAUGCGAUCCAAGUUCUGAACAAAGUAAUGAAUGUGAGUUGGAAAAAACUCCUAAUAGCAAGUUGCACCAUGUUUACCAAAAGUUAAUCAUCAAACAUAGCCAUUUGAGGAAACUGAGCUUAUGGGGCUGUUCUGGUUUGGAUGCCUUGUUUUUGAACUGCCCAGAACUGAGUGAACUGAACCUCAACUCUUGUGCAAAUUUACAACCAGAGAGGUUACUACUUCACUGUCCGAAAUUGGAAAUUGUCCAUGCAUGGGAUUGCAGAGAUACAUUGACUCAAGUUAUUCAAGAACAGGUUUCUCGUGAAUCCUCUGCAACUGAAAACUAUUUUCCUGCCAAAAGGUUGGCUGAUGGUUCUAAGAGGGUUCGCGUGCCUAAUUUUGUUGGUGAUGAGCAGGCCUGUGACAAAGACAAAAUGGACAAAAGAGUUUGCAAAAGGAGGUGUAUUGUGUUAGUUGAAUGAUAAAAGAUGGAAGAUUUAGGUCAACUGGUGAUUCCUCCUGCUUACUGCUUGCUUUAGACUCUAAUCCAAUUUUAUUUGUAUUUGUAUUCUUGGGAGUAUAUUUGUACUAUCUCCAUUAGUACAACAAUUAUCUUCUUUAGGAUCUCUGCCAUUUGAGAUUAUGAACAGUUUAUUUUACAACUUCCUAUUUGCUGCUAUUUUGUCUGAAACUAAAAUAAAUUCAAUAAUAUAACAAUCAUUCUUUUGGAUAUC